GGAGAAAGCCGUUACCAAGGGCCAGUUAGUGUCCGGGAAAGCCAGCACUGUGGUAAAGCUGGCUUCAGGAAACAGUCAUUAUCAAGUAAAGCCUUGCAAGUUUGUUUUGCAAAAUACUCAUUCUGAUAUGUACCACCAACAAAAAUAUGCUCUACCAUUACAGAAAUAUGGAAACUAUUCUAAUGAAGAAUACUCCAUGGAUAACAGGAGAGUUUUUCAACAAAGGGGCAGAAAUUAUACCUGGCAUAAAUUUGACAGGAAGGACUAUAAUUUUGAGCAUACUGGAGCUCCUUAUGCCGUGGGGCUCAAUAAGAAGAAAAGAAGAUGGAAUGAUGAUGAUAGAACCUUUCUUUCUGCGUGGGAUGAUAGAAAACACAAAGAGAGUAAAAUGAGUUACAAUGCUCAAAAUGGAACCCGUGAGAGCUGGUUCAAGGUCACAAUUCCAAGUGGAAGAAACUAUGACAAGACAUGGCUAAUGAAUUCAAUCAUGAGCAUCUGCAGUGUGCCCUUCACCCCCGUCGAUUUCCACUAUGACAAAAACCAGGCCCGGUUCUUUGUUCAGGAUGCUAGCACUGCCUCUGCAUUAAAGGACGCCAGCCUCAAGAUUUGUGAUGAGGAAAACCAAAAGAUAAUUAUCUUUGUCAGACCUUCUAUUGUACCCUACUCUGUGAAGAGUUAUUUCACACCAAAACAAAUGGAACAGAUAAAGUUGACCAUGAUGAAGCGGUAUGAUGUCUCCCAGAAAUCUCUGGAUCUCCGAAAGUUCCGCUUUGACCGAGACUUGAUGAGCUGUGAUAUUGACAUGAUGUUGAAUCGGAGAUGCUGCAUGAAUGCUACACUGCAGAUUAUUCAAAGCAAUAUCCCUGAGCUGUUGUCCUUGAACUUGUGCAACAACAAACUGUACCAGCUGGAUGGGCUGUCUGAGGUGGUAGAGAAGGCACCUCAAGUCAAGAUCCUGAACCUCUCCAAAAAUAAACUGAGGUCAGUCUCGGAGUUGGAGAAAGUGAAAGAACUGAAGCUGGAAGAGCUGUGGUUAGAAGGGAAUCCCUUGUGCAGAACUUUCCAAAAUGAAUCUGCCUAUGCAAGUGCCAUCCGAGACCAGUUCCCCACAUUGAUACGCCUGGAUGGCAAAGAGUUACUAUCACAAACUGUAAUGAACAAUGAAAACCCCCAAUUAAGAAAGGAAAGCUAUAAAGAACCUGAGAUCAUAAGGGAUCUAGUUGUACAAUUCCUGAAGGAAUACUACUCGAUUUAUGACAGUGGAGAUCGACAUGGUCUCCUCUCUGCUUACCAUGAUGAGGCCUGCUUCUCCCUGACCAUUCCUUUCAACUCUUGUGACUCAGACCUGAGCAACUUGGAAGAAUACUUCAAGCAUAACAGAGAUUUAAUAAAGUUAAAAGACUCAUAUACUCGAAUGAAGUUACUGAAGCACACGAACCGUGCCAUCGUGGAUUCCCUUAGCACAUUGCCCAAAACUCAGCAUGAUUUCUACUCCUUCUGGGUGGACAUGUCUUUGUGCACGGAAGUAAUGCUAUGUUUUUCUGUGAAUGGGGUAUUCAAGGAAGUGGAAGGAAAAUAUCAGGGAUGUGUCCGUGCCUUCACGAGAACCUUCGUCACCGUCCCUAAAAGCAGUUCAAGUAUGUACAUCAUUAAUGAUAAGAUGAUUUUGAGGAAUUCCAGUCCUAGAGAGAUCCAGAAACCGUUCAUCCCAUUGCCCACAGUCUCCCCUUCUCUCCCCAAGUCUACACUCUCUGAAAAGCAUCAGGAAAUGGUGAAGUCUUUCUCUGAACAGUCUGGGAUGAAACUUGAGUAUUCUCAAAAGUGCCUUGAUGACAACGAGUGGGACUACACCAAAGCUUCUAAGAUCUUCAGUAUACUCCAGACUGAUGGCAAGAUCCCAAAGGAAUUCUUCAAAUAAAUGAUGCGAGGAUCUUGGAUAUUGUCUUCAUCUUCAUCCACGUUAUUAGUUUUCUGUUUUGUUUCUAAGUCCUUACCCAUACUUGGUGUUGAAGACAUGUAAGCCCACCACCUAUAGAGCCAAUUGCUCCAUGUAUUUUCCACCU